CUUCUACGGAAGUGGGGACGCAGUUAAAAACGGGUAUAUAUUUGCGUCGAGGUAAUUUCAAACCAAACUUUGGUCAGUGAUCAUACAAUGGCGUUAACAGUUUUGUGUCUCUUCAGCCUUCUGGCGUUCUCUCAUGCUGCGGUUCUACCAUUUUUUGACCCCAGAAUCGUAAAUGGAGAAGAUGCUAGAGAAGGUGAAAUUCCAUAUCAGGUUUCUCUUCAAAGAAUAAAUAAUGAUUUCCAUUUCUGUGGCGGCUCAAUCUUGAAUGAUAACUAUGUUAUUACGGCUGCUCACUGCGUUCAGGGGACAAGAGCUAGUGAAAUAAAAGUUGUUGCUGCCACUAUCAACCUACGUGACCCAAAAUCGCAACAUGAAGUUGAAAAAAUUAUUGUACAUCGAGAAUAUGACCCAUCUAAUUCCUACAUUAACGAUAUUGCUUUGAUAAAGGUAAAGAAUGCCUUCAAAGCAUCUGUCACCAUCGCACCCGUUCCUUUACCGAAAAAAGGUCACGACGUUAAGACCAAUGAUGUUGCUGUUGUGUCAGGAUGGGGCACAAUCUAUAAAGGAGGUCCGAGUCCUGUUGAGCUACAACGAGUCAAUAUCCUCAUCGCUGAUCAAGAUUUCUGCAGAUCUGUGUACGAGAGGGACCUUUACAUGGACGUUCAUCCCACGCAAGUUUGCGCGAACGAUCCAUCAGCCCAGAAAGGAGCUUGCAAUGGUGACUCUGGUGGCCCAUUGACUGUCAAUGGAGAACUUGUUGGAAUAGUAUCUUGGUCGUUGGAUUGUGCUCUCACUACCCACCCCACCGUUUACACACGUGUCAUCUCUUAUCUGGAUUGGAUUGAAAAGAACGCAGUCUAGGCCAAUUUCAUUCUCUUCCGUACCUUCGACUCUGUCCUUUGUAUUAUAUAAUUUUCUAACUAUCGUUCUAAAAGUUAGGAAGAAAAGAUAUUUUUUUGUGUAUGACUGUGUGAGAUGUACAUAAAGUUAUACGUGAUAAAUUCUCAAAAUUUGCACACGUUUUCAAUUAAAUAAAUAUUAUUGAUUUAUUCAACGAAA